AAAGCGUAUAUGUUGCCAACACUUUUGCCGUCAAAAAAUAAUCCAAAAUUGUAUGAUUAAAUUUCAGUACAUCCACCGAAGGACCAAGCAAAGCGAAAAGGACGAGCAGGACACUGUGCACUGGAUACGUUUUCGUGUGAGUGUGUGGGAUGGAAGAGGAAGCAGCAGCACUGGCCAGCCAUUCACCCACCAGCGCUGACGCAGUCGAGCCAGCUUCGAACGAAUUGGGCAAAAUUUAAUUCACGCCGCCGGGACCUGAAAAAUUCACGGGAGCCGAAGGAGGAGCAGCAGGAUCAGAGCAAAUCAACACCAUGUAUCGGCUAGCGGUGCGAGAUCAGUGCAAGUGCGCCCUGCAGCGUACGCUGCAACAGACGACCACAAACAGCAGACAGUUCGGCGGAAAUGGGAACCGGGAGCAGGGAAGGCGGCAGCAGGGACAUCAAGGAUACCAGGGUCUGCCGCCGCCACCGCAUAUGCGCGAAGCUGGCUUCGGCAAAGUGGUCCUCUUCGUCUCCCCGUUGGCAGCCGUCGGCGGAGUCAUCACCUACGCCAAGUACGACGACGACUUCCGCAAACUGGUGGAAAAGAAUGUGCCCGGCGCCGGCUCCGUCAUCAAAGUGGCGCUGCAGGAGGAGCCGCCAUUCAAGGGCAUCACCAAGAACGUCAACGACCAGAUCGAUAAGGUGAAGUCUGGCUUUGAGACGGUAACCACCACCGUGGACUCGGUUACCUCUAAAGUAACAGGAUUAUUUGGCGGCGGCAGCGGCGAUGACAAGGCCAAGAAGUCCAAAGUGGAGCCGGUAAAGGCCACCCCUGCGGAAGAAAAGAAACCCAAGAAAUCCACCGAAGCCAGUAAAACGGAAACAAAGCCAGUAGCGAACACCGCGAAGCCAGUUGUAGCGCCUACUCCCGUUGCUAAGCCCAAAGAGGACCCGCUGCCCCGCGAGGUCGUCGAGCUGGAGAAAGCCAUCGAGUUGGCCGCCCAGUUGGCCGUCAAGGAGUACAACAAGGCCAUCAACGUGUUGAAGGGCUUCAACGAUGAUGUGCGUAAGGUGGUGGACAAGGCGGUGGAGAACGGAGAGAACUCUCUUUGGACCACACUGAAGAACCGUGCAAGUGCCCGGGACUCGGCGGUAGCCACAGCGGAGCACGCUGCGCGCGAAGCCCAGGAGAAGAUUAUUGCCUGCGAGAUCGCCUUGAGUGCUGCGGCGACUGCACAAAACGCGAAGUCAGUGGAGGCGGUGCGCGACAAGAUCAAGAAGUUGGUGGACCACAUAAGCAACGUCAAGGACGAGCUCUACCGACACAAGGACACUGCCAGCGUGUCGGACAAGUACUGGCGCAAUGUAGAGAAGGCGCGUAACUACUUCAUCGACGAGAUCGAGUCUAUUUUCCCCGGCCUCAGCCUGGCGGAUAAGAACCUCAAUCUGUCGAAGGAGGACCUCGACCUGUUCAUCUUGCACGCCUACACCCACGUUCUGGCGUACCAGAAGGAGCUGCAGCGCCUGCAAACCGACGGUGAACUGCGCCUGAAGCGAGCUAUUGACUCGGUUCGCGGGGACCAGGAUUCGGAGGCUCUGCGCGCUCAGCUGGAAUACCAUUUGGAGGCUGAAAGGCGUAAGCUGGCCGUGGAGAACCAGAAGAAGAUCUUCAACAUUCACGCCGAGUCCGACAAGCAGUUGCGCUUACAGCUCAAAAAGCAGGCGGAGGCCCACGCCGAUCACAUCAAGGACAUCGUGGCCCAGCGGGAGACCGAUCUCACGCGCAGCUUUAGGCGCGAGUUGGAGGACAAGCUGGCCACCGAGAAGGCAAACUAUAAGCUGCAGUUAGCCACCAUGCUGGGCAAGCUCCGCGGCAUGGACGCGGCUCUAGCUGAGAUUGAGGAUGAGUUUCAAGAGCGUGCGGAUGCAGAGCGUACUGCCAAUCAGGCGCAGGCCUUGUGGGCCGCCUGCCAAGCUCUGUGGGCCUCCGUGCGCACUGCCACUCCUGGCGUGCACUACAAGGAGAAGCUGCGUCCACUGAAGAACGAGAUUAAUGCCAUUGCCAAGGUGGCCAAGGGCGACGAUCUGGUGGCAGCUGUGCUGGAAAGCGUGCCUCGAGAGGCUCAGGAGCGCGGUGUCUAUCCCGAGGAUGCGCUGCGCGAGCGAUUCCUGAAUGUGGAGCGCGUGGCGCGACGACUGGCUUUGGUGCCAGAGGAUGGAGCCAGUCUGCCCAUCUAUUUCCUGUCCUAUCUGCAGUCGCUGUUCAUCCUGCGACCCGAUAAUCCCAUUUCAAAGGACGAACUCGACAACAAACCCUUCGACUAUAGCAAACUGGACACCUACGAUAUCCUAAACAGGGCCAGAUACCAUGUGGAUCGCAGCGACUUCCUGCAGGCGCUAAGGUACAUGAACCUGCUCCAGGGUGCAUCCCGCCAAAUUGCCGGCGAGUGGAUCAAGGAGGCCCGCCUCAUGCUGGAGACGCAGCAGGCGGCCAACACCCUGAUGGCCCAUGCAGCUGCCAGCGGCCUGUUGUAUUUGUAGACUACGUCCCACAUUUCCUUCCUCCACAAAUACAAAGAAGCACUUAUUAUUUGUCAUUACUCCAAGAGAAGACGGAACGAAAGCCACUAAGCGCAAUAGAUAAACCGCAAUAUGUAAUUUGUCCAAUGAGAGAUCACAGUUUAAAAAAUACUUAUAUAUAUUUGUAAAAUUUUGUUUAGCUUCAAUUAUACAAAUUAUAUAUAGAUGAACGUCAUUAUUAUAUUCAAACAAAUUAUGUUUUGGGGACAUCGUUAAGAUGAAUUAAAUUCCCCGUUUAUUGUACCAUUAUUCGAAAACUAUGAAGCAAUACUAGUGGCUGGAUAUUCUGAAAUUGGCAAUCUUUUUUAGUUUUCCUGGAGAGCAUUGUGAUUAGUAAAGGCAAAAAUACAAACAUAAUUGUUUUAUUUAUCGAAAGAAAAAUCUAAAUAAAAUCAUACGAAAACAAAAA